UCCAAAUUGUGUUUCUGUCUUAUCCCUUCUCUCUCGCCUUAGCCCUCGCAAUUUUGCUCGCUCCUUUGUCCUCACCGUACUCGUCAAUCGGAAUCGGAAUCGGAAUCGGAAUCUCAAUCGGCCGGACCUUUGUUGGUCGGUUUCCGACAGGAAGUUCUGUAAUUGGGUUGUGAACGUAAUAUUGGCUCAACUUUGGCUUGGUUCUUGGAGAAGUUGAGCUGAUGCUAUCGCUUCGACGAUUUGUUUGAUUGAAUUCGGGUUGAUUUCACUGGUGUUUUCUUGUUUGAGGCAGAAUGAAGGGUGUUAGAAACUGGUUGUUUUCUCAAUUAUUAUCCAAGUCAGUGGUUUCAUCAAGACCAUUACUGGGGAGUGACAGUUUCUUUGGUGAGGAAAAUAAAGAACACGUGGAUGAAGACCAAGAUGGUGAAGUUGCUCAAGCAACCACUAUUGUACCGCCCACUGCCCCUCAUACAUCAGACUCUGGCGGUAGUUUGGAGAAUCAAGAAGAUUUGGCCCUGGAACAGUCUCAACAUAGCUCUAACAGGGUAAAGGUGGAUGUGUUGACAAUGAUUGAGGACCUCCAAGUUCAGUUCUUUCGACUUCUGCAGAGAAUCGGGCAGACAUCGAACAAUUUGCUAGUGGAAAAGGUCCUGUAUCGAAUACAUCUAGCAACUUUGAUACAGGUAGGAGAAUCCGACCUCAAAAGAGUAAAUCUUGAAAGAGGCAAAGCCAGAGAAAAAGCAGCUGAACAAGAAGCAGCUGGGAUACCAGAAUCAAGCUUCACAUUUAGAGUACUUGUAUUGGGAAAAACAGGAGUUGGCAAGAGUGCUACAAUAAACUCCCUCUUUGAUCAAGCAAAAACUGCAACUGAUGCAUUUCAACCUGCAACCGAUCGUAUUCAGGAGAUUGUGGGAACGAUCAAUGGGAUUAAAGUAUCCUUCAUUGAUACCCCCGGUCUUUCCCAAUCGUCCUCGGGAAAUAUGAAGAGAAAUAAGAAAAUCUUGUUUUCUGUGAAGAGAUAUAUAAGGAAAUCCCCACCAGAUAUUGUUUUGUACUUUGAGCGCCUUGACCUCAUAAACAAGAAUCAUGCUGACUACUUUUUAAUGAAGCUAAUAAAUGAGGUCUUUGGUCCUGCAAUUUGGUUCAACACCAUCCUAGUCUUGACACAUUGUUCCUCAGCUCUUCCAGAAGGACCUGAUGGAUAUCCUGUCUCCUUCGAAUCAUAUGUGUCCCAUUGCUCAGAGCUUUUGCAGCAAAAUAUACAUCAGGCAUUGUCGGACCCAAGACUUGAAAAUCCCGUUCUCUUGGUCGAGAACCAUCCUCAGUGUAAGAAAAAUAUUAUGGGAGAAAAAGUUCUUCCAAAUGGGCAGGCCUGGAGAUCACAUUUCUUGUUGUUGUGCAUUUGUUAUAAAGUUUUGGGCAGCAUUAAUACCCUAUUGAAAUUUCAAAAUUGCAUUGAGCUAGGGCCAUUAGCUGCUAAUACCCGGCUGCCUUCACUUCCCCACUUACUCUCAUCUAUUUUACGGCGCCGAAAUACGACAAGUCCAUCAGAUGUAGACUAUGACAUUGAAGCUAUUCUAAUCAGGGACAAUGAAGAAGAUGAGUACGAUGAUCUACCUUCGAUUCGCAUUCUGACAAAAUCCCAAUUCGAGAAGCUGUCGAACUCACAGAAAAAGGAAUACCUGGAUGAGCUGGAAUACAGGGAAACUCUAUAUUUAAAGAAACAGCUAAGAGAAGAGUAUCAAAGGAGGAAGGAAAUCAAGCUUUUAAAACAUAGAGACUCGGAACACAAUGAUAAUAAUGGUGAUUUGCAGGCAUCGCCCGAGGCGGAAGCUGUUCUGCUUCCAGAUAUGGCUGUCCCACCCAGUUUCGACUCAGAUUGUCCUGUUCAUAGAUAUCGUUGCAUCGCAGUAGAUGAUCAGUGGAUUGUGAGACCUGUUCUUGACCCACAAGGAUGGGAUCAUGAUGUAGGCUUCGAUGGGAUAAAUCUCGAAACAGCGAUGGAGAUGAACAAAAAUGUUUUUACCUCAGUCACUGGGCAGGUGAGUAAAGAUAAGCGUUUCUUUAACAUUCAAUCUGAGUGUGCUGCCUCUUACAUGGAUUCUAGGGGAUCUUCUUAUACUUUAGGUCUAGAUGUUCAAUCUUCUGGUACAGAUAGGAUAUACACUGUUCAUAGUAAUGCUAAGCUGGGGAACAUUAAGCACAGCCAUCCUGGAAUUGGACUUUCUCUGAUAUCUUUCAAGAGAAAUUGCUAUUAUGGUGUGAAGCUUGAAGAUACCAUAUCGAUAGGUAAGCGAGUGAAGCUCGUAGCCAAUGGCGGUCGUAUAGAAGGAGCAGGACAAAUGGCAUAUGGUGGAAGCAUAGUAGCUACUUUAAGAGGUGAAGACUACCCAGUGAGGAAUGACCAUCUCAGUCUAACGAUGACCGUCCUCUCUUUCGACAAGGAAACCAUCCUGAGCGGGAAUGUAGAGUCUGAGUUUCGGCUUAGCCGAAGCAUGAGACUGUCGGUUAACGCCAACUUAAAUACACGUAAAAUGGGUCAGAUCUGCAUAAAAACAAGUAGCUGUGAGCAUUUGCAGAUUGCUUUGAUUUCUGGUUUUACAAUCUUGAGAGCCCUUCUGCGUAGAAAGGAAAUUGAAACGAUGUAGCUUCCGAUGGAUCGAUGCCGUUCUGAACUCAAAGCUGAGACUAAUCUGCCAUCGUUUUCAGUUGGUAGAGAUCUAAAUAAGAGACGUUGUAAUAGACCACAUGAUUAAUCUUUUUGUUGUGUCUGUACUCCAUUGCUUUCCCAGAGAAGUAUAUUGGUGAUUGGUAGCAGAGAUAGGUGUUUGCCCAACAGUUCUCAGGAAUUUUACUGGCGAUGUUGGCCGAAAGAUCUGUAGGCUUGGGUCAAAAUUGAGUUGAUAAUUGUACAGAGAUAUAUAAGGUUAGCCUUUGUUCUUAAACUUCCAGAAUAAAUUCCAUUUUUUGAUCCAUGUGUA